CCGAAAACGGAGGUUUGUUUGUUUGUGGCAAUUUUGACUUGUCAGGCAAAUGCCUCCAUAUAUAUACAGGCAUUUCUUUAUCGGUAACUUUAUAUAUAUACUGGGAUUAGCUGCAAAAUAUAUUAGAGACACUGGAACGUCUUUGACUAAGUGACUCUUAAAAGACUAUUUAUAUAUUUCAUACAUUAUAGGUCGGGGGAUGGAAAGCAUCGCAGACAAUGAUUGUCAUUCCAGAAAAAUAAUGUUUGUGUCUGGUCAUUUCCAGUGACUUUUUCGCUAUUGGAUACAUAAAACAAAUGGUGUUCUGUUUUUGCAAGAACACUGGUUGGCGCAUUCAUACACAAACAGAACUGUAGCUCAAUAUUUAAAUUGGGGCAGUUUUAAUUGUUCCGUGUGUAAAAGGCGAUUAAAAGUUAUUUUGAUAAUUAAAAGUAUGUAUUGAAUUUUCUGCCUACAUUGGUAUACAUUGCAGCACGUGUGCUUCUGAAGAUGCGAAUCAGCCAUGUCCUCAUGACCAUUUUGAAGGAUUUAAAGUGUGGAAUUUAACAUGGCUCAGAAGGGGAUACAUUAUUAUGACCGCAGAAAUUCCCAUACAAACGAGGCUUUUGUGAGGGCUGUGUCAAAGGUCAAAACCAUCAACAAGUUCCGGGUCAACCGGUCAGUGUCUGAUUUUGGUCUCCACAAAAACGAAGACAGCAACUGCAGUGCCUUGCUUACAGCUGAAAAAGAGAAAUGGGAAAAAGAAAGGAAUGAACUCAAAAGCAAGAUUGAAGAGUUAGAAGCCUUUAAAAGAAAAUAUGAAGAGGAGAAACUACAGAGAGAGAAGCUGCAGCGACAAGUGGACAGCUUAACCAUUAGUCUGAGUGAUGUCAACCAAAAGCUGGGGAAAGCCGGAGAACUCAAUGAAAGACUACGACUCGACUGCAAAAAGAAAACGGAGCAAAUUGAAAAGCAUCAGCGAGAUGGACGGUUUCUGGAGGAUCGACUUAGAAAUCUGGAAAUAAGAGCUUCUGAAGUUGAAAAAGCUGAAUUAAUUCUAGAAACAACCCGAUCAAAUUUAGAGUCCACUAGUGCCCAGCUUCGCUGCCGGGAAAAUCAGAUCCGAAAAAUGGAGGCAGAAGAGGAGGAGCUUAAGAAAAAACUAAUGUUAGCCAAUCAGAGAAUCAGUGAACAAGAAUCCAAAAUAGUCGAUCUCAAUUACCAAGUCCGACAUGAAUUAACAAGAAAUGAAGGAAUAGAAAAGAAUUUGGAAAUGAUUCCAAAACUAAAAGAAAAAAUAGAGGAGAAAACAAAAGAAGUGGAUUCGCUGAGGACAGAGGUCCAGGACAAAACGGCCCUACUGGCUGUGGCUCGAAAAUCAGCGCGGGAAUAUAAGGACCAGAUCAGGGCAAUGGAGUAUAAAGUGGCUAAGACAGAGAAACUGGAAUCUGAGUUAGACAUGGCCCAGUGUGAGGUCCAAACUCUGAAGAGAUUGUUACAGGGGAAGGACCAACUGGUCAUACAAAAGUCCAAGGCUCUGGACGUGGCCAAGGAUGUGAUAGAGACAAUGAAUCUGUCAACAGAGCCAGAACAGAUAGACAAGAUAGUCGUACUCCUGGAGAGGAUAGGGACAUCAUCCAACAGGGAAUCCAUCAACGGGAGUGUUUGUGAGUCUUCCAGUGGAGAAAUAGACAAUAGGAAUAAGCAUCAUUUCAUACACCAUAAGAACAAGACAAAGGAUAUAGAUGUUAAUAGAAAUCCGUACUCAUCUGAUCAGAGUAAUGUGAGAAAUCGGCGUCGACCAUUGUCAGGGGGAGGGUUCCUGGACAAUGUGUUAAGGGAGGAAUCCUCGCGACCUAAGACAGCAGUAGUGAGGCCAGUCAAGCGUAGCCAAUCACUAAAGGAGGCUGUACCUAUCAAAGGACUCUCUAUUAUUGUUAAUGGACGACCUGAGUCACGGUCCAAUGAUCUCAGAUAUUCAAGUGAGAAAAAGACAAAUUCUAAAUUCCAGCCAUCUGUGGACUGUAUCAUUGGUGUACAGGACAAAACGACUCUCCGAUCAGGAUCUCGGCCGAGUGCUUCUCCACGGUCUUCAUCUUGGAACUCGAGCAAAAGUAGGUCAGAGAACUCUAUGAGUUUACAGUCUGAAAACUCAUCAGAUAGCUCAGACUCAGAAGAGAACUCAAAAACUGUGGAAGUUUUGUCGAAGUUACCAGCUAAGGAAAGAGAGGCAAUCCUUGUACAGUAUAUUGAUGUGGGAGAUCGUAUUGUUAUUGCAGUGCCUCAGAAACCUCCGAAAUAUGGCAAAAAAAUUGCACCCAAACCAAAAAUAUACACAGGAAUAGUAAAAUACAGGGGUCCAUUGGAACAAAAAUAUAACUCCAGGAUUUAUGUCGGAGUUCGGCUUGAUGAACCAGAUGGGGAUACAGAUGGGACACAUAAAGGAAAGCGCUACAUGUACACCCCAUCUGACCUUGGGAAGUUCUUUAAACUCAUUGACCUGACCUCUGUCCUUGAUCCAAAGAAAGGGAAAUACAGAGUAAUUACCUCAAUAUUAGCACACCACCUUGAUAGAAAAGGAAAAGUGGAUAAACAGGUUUCUGUGGAAAGUUAACUUUAUACAUGUUGUAUUGCACAAAGAAACUAACAGAAACAAGAUCCCAGUCCUCAUCAUCCACUCAGAAACAUUGUGACAAAAGUGACUUCUUCCAGUGACGUACAUGUAUAUACGUCACUUCUUCACAGAAAUGUAAUUUUCUAAAUAUACACUGUACAAUGCAUCUUCUAACGAGAAUAUAAUCAGUGCACGGGCUAGCAGGCCUUCAACCUCUGCUUCUCAUAGAACAGGAUGUCUGACAUAGGACACAUAUAUACUUAUAACUUACUAAAAAAAAACAUUGUUUAUAAUAUUAAAGAGAACUGAAAGCAUCCUGUGAUAUUACAGU